UCUCUCUCUCUCUCUCUCUCUAUCUCUCUAUCUCUCUCUUCGCUUUCUCUCUCUAGGUUCUCUCUCUAAAACGCUCGCGCACACACUCUCUGAGCUUCGUUGAUGGUCAGUAACGGAACUUACGAUGUUGACCUUAGAUGUUCGGCAGAAACCCUAACCUGUUGUCGCUCGGAAACCUAAGCCGCCAUGGACGGAGACAGGUUCGUAGUAUCGGCAAGGGAAAACCCUAGAACGCUGGGGUUUGCCCCGGAGCGCGGUCCCGGAGGCAGCGCUACCGCCACCGCGAAGCCAAUGUCCAAUGAAAUCUCCCAAAAGCCACUGGUCCCGAUCGUCGACCGAUUCAAGGCUCUGCUAAAGCAGCGGGAGGACGAACUUAGGGUUUUGUCUGGCGACGACGUCCCGCCGCCGACUACUGAGGAAAUUGUGCGGCUUUACGAGAUUGUGCUAUCGGAACUCAUCUUCAAUUCGAAACCCAUCAUUACCGAUCUCACGAUUAUUGCCGGAGAUCACAAGGAGCACGCUGAUGGCAUUGCCGAUGCAAUUUGUGCUCGAAUUGUCGAGGUCCCAGUUGAGCAAAAACUACCUUCUUUAUAUCUGUUGGAUAGUAUUGUCAAGAACAUUGGUCGGGACUAUAUAAAGCACUUCUCCUCCCGUCUACCUGAGGUUUUCUGUGAGGCAUACAGGCAAGUUCACCCUAACCUUUAUACUGCCAUGCGACAUCUGUUUGGCACUUGGUCUGCGGUGUUCCCCCCAUCUGUCCUACGUAAGAUUGAAGCUCAACUGCAAUUUUCACCCACACUAAACAACCAAUCAUCAGGCAUGGCUUCGUUGAGAGCCUCUGAAUCUCCUCGGCCAACUCAUAGUAUACAUGUCAAUCCAAAGUACUUGGAAGCAAGACAUCAGUUUGAACAUUCACCCGUGGAUAGUAACAUGCAGCAUUCACGAGGAACUUCCUCAACUCUAAAGGUUUAUGGGCAAAAGCCUGCCAUUGGAUAUGAUGAGUAUGAUUCUGGUCAUACAGAGGUUAUAUCCUCACAAGCCAGAGCCCAAAGGUUGAACUCAACUGGAAGUGUGGGCCGGACACCAUUUGCUCUUGGCGCUGAUAAGCUGCUUCCCUCUUCAACUGCUAGAGUCGCAAAAUCGACCUCUCCAAGAAUUGGCACUGCUGGGUCUUCAUCUCCUCCAGUUGAGAAGUUUUCAAUGGAUAAUUCUCCCAGAAGAGUUGUUGAAAGAGCUUCUCCAUCUCAUCGUGGAUUUGAAUAUGGACUUGUCAGACCGAUGGGCAGGGAUGAGGAGACAAGUGACAGGCAGAGAAAACACUGGUCCAAUGAUAGGUUUGAAACUUCUGCUGCGCACAACCUUAGUAAUGGACGUGAGCGUCAAGGACUGAGAGCGUUAAUUGAUGCAUAUGGAAAUGACAGAGGGCAAAGAACUUUAAAUGAUAAGCCUCCAAAGGUUGGACACCUGGAUAUGAAUGGCACAGACAAUAAGGUGCCUAAGAAAGCAUGGCAGACUACUGAAGAGGAAGAGUAUGAUUGGGAAGAUAUGAACCCAACUUUAGCCAACCGCAGACAGUGUAAUAAUAUCUUGCAAUCAUCAGUUUCACCUUUUGGAAGUUUUAGGACAAGACCUGGCUCUGGGGCACUUGGUGCGGCCCCACUGGAGUCUGAUUUCAAUAGGAGCAAAUGGUCUGGUCAGGCACAGCUUUCUAUGGUGGAUGAUUCUCCUGUUAUUGCUGAAGAUGUAGUUCCUACCACCAGUUUAGGCCGAGGAUCAAUAAGUAAGCCUGGAUUUGGAAAUGAAACGAAAUUUCAUGGUUCUCACUAUCCUCAAGAAUCCUGGAAUUUGGUGCACCGUGUACCUCAGUCUUCACAACACAACCGUAAUGCCAAAGGAAGAGGAAAGAAUUUCAAUACGCCCUUUUUGGGGAGUGGAAUAUCGUCUUCAGCUGCUGAGACAAUUUCUCCUCUUAUUAGUAAUAUUCCAGAUGCUGAUGCACAACUUCGUAGACUCCCUACUGUUGCAUCAAGAAUGGGUUCUUCAAGUCUCAACUCUAUGAAUGUGGAGGUUCAGUCAGCUGCUGCACCUGCAUCAACUGGAAUGUGGCCUCCAGUAAAUGUGCACAAAACUCACCUCCCUCCUUUACUGUCCAAUCUUCCACAAACAAAACAAAUUAGGAAUCAGUUCAAUUUGAUGAAUGCUACUACUGCGGUUGUGAAUCAAGAUCCAAAUAAGUCUUUGUUUUUACCUGAGUUAGAUAGUAAGCUGCCUCAAAUGGCUAAUCGGCAGGCCAGAUCAAUUCCUUUAAAUGGGCAAAACCAGACACAAGUCACUCGUUUACAACCACAGUUUUUGCCACAGGAGACUCAUGGAAAUUUUGUUCCAUCUACCACAGCUCCUGUGUCAUCAUAUUCAGUGGCACCUCCCUUGAACCCUGGAUAUACCCCACAAGGGCAUGCUGCUGCUACAAGUACCAUUUUGCUGAAUCCAGUACCUGGUGUCCAUUCGUCUAUUCCAAUCCAUAAUAUCUCAAACAGCUCUGUGCAUUUUCAGGGGGGAGCCUUGCCACCUCUACCCCCAGGUCCUCCUCCUGCCACAUCACAAAUGAUAAAUAUACCUCAGAAUACAGGUCCCAUUGUCUCUAACCAACAACCUGGAAGUGCAUUUUCAGGUCUGAUUAGUUCUCUUAUGGCCCAAGGUUUGAUCUCAUUGGCAAAACAACCCACGGUUCAGGAUUCUGUUGGAAUUGAGUUUAAUGUUGACCUCCUUAAGGUGCGCCAUGAGUCUGCAAUAAGUGCUCUAUAUGGUGAUAUGUCAAGACAGUGCACAACAUGUGGUCUUCGAUUCAAGUGCCAAGAAGAGCACAGUAGUCAUAUGGAUUGGCAUGUGACCAAGAACCGGAUAUCUAAAAACCGCAAACAGAAGCCUUCUCGCAAAUGGUUUGUGAGUGCCAGUAUGUGGCUUAGUAGUGCAGAGGCAUUGGGCACUGAUGCAGUUCCUGGGUUUUUGCCCACUGAGACAAUUGCGGAAAAGAAGGAUGAUGAAGAACUGGCUGUUCCUGCUGAUGAGGAUCAGAAUGUUUGUGCAUUGUGUGGAGAGCCUUUUGAUGAUUUUUAUAGUGAUGAGACUGAGGAAUGGAUGUACAAAGGCGCUGUCUACUUGAAUGCUCCGGAGGGAUCAGCAGCAGGCAUGGAUAGGUCACAGUUAGGUCCCAUAGUGCAUGCCAAAUGCAGAUCUGAGUCUAAUGUGGUUUCCCCUGAAGAUUUUGGACAAGAUGAAGGGGGAAAUAUGGAAGAGGGUAGUAAGAGAAAAAGGAUGCGAAGAUAGCUUAAUUAGACCGGCUUCUAUGUCCUCUGUAACUUAAAUUUGAGUUUCCCCAUGUUAGUGGUAUGCUCUUUACUUAUUUUCACAGUAGUGUUGGAGCUUGCAGCACCAUGGCAUUUUGCCAGAAUCAUGUACAUGUAUAGUUGGACUUGUACCAUGCACAUCAUCUUGCAGCAAAAGGUUACAAAUUCUCUUGCAGCGUUUCCUUUCUGGCAUUCUUCUCUUCUCUCUGCAGUCAAACCAAUCUGGUGGGAUACUUAAAGCAUUUUUAUGGUGUUAUUUCUACUAAUAUUUAUGUUCCAAGGAACCUUUAGAAUAUGUUAUAUGCUUCUAGAAAAUUAUUUCUGAACCCAAAGUGUUCAAUCUAUUAAUCAGUUUACAGCA